UACAGUGGAAACUGCAUUCAUAUAGUGCGCAUCAAGAAAUCGCACUCAUAAUACAACGGGAGCCGCAUCAUCGCGCAACAGAACUCCUGCAAUUCACACAUAAUACAACAACGGGAGCCGCAUCAUCGCGCAAUAUAACUCCUGCAUUACCUACUUACGUGGAAUUUGCAUUCAUCUGCAUAGUGCGCAUUAAGAAUCACGCACUCAAUACUGCAAGAAAAAUCGUUCAUCGUAUGCAAAACCAGCAAAUUGCAAGAUAUCAAGCAAGUCAGUUUUGCAACAAUCAUCAAACGUCAUCAAACGCAACCCGGCAUUCCCGGCAAGACGGCGGGUUGGGGGGCGCCGGAACACGAGGCCAGCAACAAAUUACUUCACGAAGUGGGCGUGACAUCCAUCUUCGCGCUGCCUGAAGUUCGCGCGCGCAUCGAGGAUUGGCCAACGCACAACAUCGUUCGUUCUCUCGUCGGUCAUCGUUCACUUGUUCGCUGCUGCUUCGGCUGUUUCCGCUGCCAUCGGUCAACGCUGUUUACCGCCGACGCCAUUUGCUUAGAGUGUGCAGUGCUAUUGUUUUUAAGUCGAAAGACAUAACUCGUGCAGUGAUACUCGCAGUGUGUAUAAUUUUAAGCCACAUAGUGAUUUAUAGCAUUUGUAUUUUAUUGCAUUUGACAAGACAAUGGAGCUGAACGAGCUAAUAGCCGCGCGAGGCUACGUAAAAGGUACGAUUACACGAUUAACUUCACUUGUUUCGACACCGCAGUCAGUUAAAAACUUGUCUAAAGAAAACUUAAUUGCUAAGAGGCAAAAAUUGAUCGACUCCUUUAGUCAAUACGAAAAGCUAAAUAUAAAGAUUUUAACUAUCCAACCAGAGGACAAGGAGAAUGUCGAACUCUUUGAGGAAAACUAUUACAACAUCACAUCAGUAAUUGACCAAGAACUUAACAGCCGUGAUAAUAGGAAUCACUCAGCUCCAAUGUCCAAAUUGCAUUUACCACCAAUUGAUGUACCAAUAUUUAGUGAUGCAUACACGUCACGCGCAUUUCAUAUGGAAAGAGAUGCCACGAAGGAGCCAACUAUCAACACCUUCCUUGAAUACUUGGAUAAGAGAGCGCUGGCGCUUGAGAAUGCUGAUCCGGGAUUCCACGGGCAGCAACGCCAGCCGCAAAAGGAGCAAGGCAAUGCCGUUGGUAGGAUGGUAGCCUACACAGCUGCGCAGGAGCCUACAUGCUUAUACUGUGCUGCUGCCUACAGAGCUGCCGGUGCUGCCUGAGCGCCAGCAGUCUGCAUCAGAGGCCGGCACUCCGCAACCACGUCUUAUCAACACUUAUUUUGGAUAUAUAAUUGGAGGUACCCUACCACAUAUUUCAUCUAAGGUCUGCAAAAAGGUAACGUUAAAGUGUACUACUUGUGAGUCUGACAUUAAUGAAACCUUAAGUAAAUUUUGGAAGACAGAAAGCGUUCCUCAGAUCUAUGAUGAAAGGUCAUCAGAGCAAGAGCUCU